CACAGUGAAACUGUUGGUUGAGUCUGUGUGCUCCUGUACUCAGAGGUUUAUGGGACAGGUCUUAGGUGAGGCAGCAUGUGAUUGACAGGUGAUUGUGGAUGUAAACCUGAGCCCGGGGUCCUGUGGAGCGAAGCGCAAUGUGGCUGAUGGAGAAACCGUGGUGCACAUGAGGAGCGAUAUGAAGGCUGGCUGUACAGAGGAGGCAUCUGAACCUGGCUGUGCAUUAUGAAGGAGAACGGGUCCUUGUGUCAAAUGGAGCAGCUGCCCCGUGGGUGCCUUCUAGAGCCAGGCCUUAACGGGGGCCACUCUCAGAGCUUUAAGCAUACGGGCCGGAUGUCGGGCAGCACAGGAGUCCGGAACAGAGCCAACGGGGCCGCAAAAGCUCUGUGCAGUAGCCCGGAAUGCAGUUCCUCCAUCAGGCUGGAGAGCCCGGAGCAGAUCCAGAGGGGUGGAGGAAGCGAGAAGGUGCUAGUGACCGGAGGUGCUGGGUUCUUUGGGUUCAGGCUUGGCAAGGCUCUGGCCAGGAAGGGCAUUAGUGUCAUCCUGCUGGAUCUGUACCAGCCACGGUGGGAGCUUCCUGACGGAGCGGUUUUCCUGCAGGGUGAUGUACGUGACUAUGAAACCCUGUAUAAGGCGUGUGCUGGAGUGGACUGCAUAUUUCACACCGCGUCCUACGGCAUGUCGGGACCAGAACAGCUCAGGAAAGAACAGGUGGAGUCGGUCAACGUUGGUGGCACCAACAACGUCAUAAAUGUGUGUUGCGAGCGUGGGGUUUCCAGACUGGUGUACACAAGCACCGUAAACGUGGUGUUUGCCGGAAAGCCUAUCGAGGACGGGGACGAGGACUCGGUACCCUGUGUGCCUCUGGAUAAACAUAUAGACCACUACUCCAGAACCAAAGCCAUGGCCGAGCGAUUGGUCCUUAAUGCUAACAGGAGAACGUUACAAGGUGGUGGCCUGCUGCAGACGUGUGUAAUACGUCCCUCGGGUAUCUACGGUCCAGAAGAGAGGAGACACCUACACCGCGUGAUGGUGAAUGUGGAGCGCAGGUUGUUCAGCUUUACGUUCGGGGACCCCAGGGCCCGGAUGAAUUGGGUGCACGUGGAUAAUCUGGUGUUGGCUCACGUGUUGGCGUCUGAAGGCCUGACACCUGAGAGAUGCUGCAUCGCAAGUGGACAGGCCUACUUCAUCAAUGACGGGGAAUCAGUUAACGUUUUUGACUGGAUGACGCCUCUGUUCGAGAGACUGGGCUACACUCGUCCGCUGAUCCGGCUCCCGGUUCUGCUCGUCUACUCGGCAGCGUUCCUGAUGGAGCAGUUACACGUGGCUCUGAGGCCGAUCGUGGAGAUUCCUCUGCUCCUGACCAGGAACGAGGUGAGAAACGUCGCUGUGAGCCACACCUUUAGGAUCGAGAAGGCACGUCGGGAGCUCGGCUUCUCCCCUAAGAAGUACACCCUGGCCGACUCGGUGGACCACUACCUCCGGAGCCGGCCCGUCCAACCUGCCUCCUCCACCUCCUCCUCCUUUCUCCAAGAGUCCUUCUGCUUCGUCCUGAUGAUGAUGAUGAUGUUUGCGAUGGUUGGACUGGUGGUGCUCAUGUUCCUUCCACGCUGGCAUCAGCAUUAGCGUUGGCCUUCUGCAACUUAAACACUGUGUCCUAACUGGUCCAUCUCAGCUUCUUGAGAAGCAGGAAUGCUCUGAGCGUCUGUAAAUAUUUAUACUCUCGAGUGGUUUUGUGGUUGAAGUGGGUUUGGAGUAUGAUUUGUUUAGGUGCUGUGUCUGUCCAAACAUCUCCGAGUGACAGAUUAUGGUUCUUCCUGUGGUUGUUUUUUCUGAGUUUUUAUUUAGUGCAUGCUUUGAGGGAACAAACUGAAUCAGUAAGCGGAUGUUGGGAUAAAUGUCCCGAUAAAAGCGUUUCAUUGCUCUCGUCCUUUAACAACAAUGACGUUAUAGCAGCUAUAAACACCCAUUCUUAUUUCUGGUUGCUAUAGCAACUUUUACAGGUGGGUGGAGUAACAUUUCACUUUCGGCUACAAUCCGUAUUUACGUAAAAGUUACGAAUAGUUUUAGAGCGUUUUUCCGAUCAAAAAUGAAAUUUUCUAAACGACUUUUGCGGCAGCUAAUGAUAUGAUGUUGCACAAGUGACUACAUGAUGUGAAGGUUAAACUUGUGCACAUCUUAAAAGCAAUAUUUUUUGUUUUUUUCUACAAAUCGCGAAUGCGGUACUUUUAUUUAA